UCAUGCCUUCUUGUGAGAGCCUUACUGCUUUGGAUUGCGUGCAACUUUAUUUGCUCAUCGCAGGGUUUUGCUGGUCUUGACCCGUGGAAACGGGGGUUUGGUACGGGCAAAACCACCGGUCGCUGUCGCCCGUCAAACUGGUGGAACGAAGUACCUGGUGGCACUGAUUGCUUGGCUCAGAGGACAAAGGAUGCCUUUGAGACCAAUAUGAAAACGGCAAACAUCCCGCUGCUGGAGACAUGGGAGAGCUACGAAGCAUCGCUGCCGGUGAGAGAAGGCAGUUGUGGAGUUUGCAAGCUCUACUUACGACCCUAUUUGUGUCGAAGCAAAGAGUUGGAUGUCGCAGUGAGCCGAUUAGAACACGCAACUGAGGAUAGAGACCGAGUGGCUUACCUUUCAGCUCCAACCAAGCGUGGCAAGUCUGCCGCCAUCCUGCCGAUAUUCUGUCGAAGUGUGGAACUGGGGACUAAGCAGUGUUUCACCCACUACCUCUACAUGCCAUUUGCCAAUAACGGUCACAGCCCAGCGCCGCGUAGCUUGGAGACCGAUGAACUGGAGCGGGCUGGUGCUGACUUCAUGCUCCACUGCUUCAGGAGGCAGAUGAAUGGAACUUAUUCUCGGAGUUCAACAUGGAGUCUCCCUUCACAAAUACCAGACCUUGCAGAUACAGAAGCUAAAUUCCAGGAGGAGAUGGAGAAGUUCUUGCAAAGAAACGCCAGCAACCGCCUUCUCCUCCACAUCGACGAGCACCGCUCCAUGGGCACAUCUCCUGAAUUCAGGCGAGGAGCACUGCUUUUGGCUGGCUCACUUCCACAGAUGUGUCAGGUGAUUGCCACCUACCUCGAACCGCCGGAUCUAGCCGCACAGGGUUCGUCGCAGGUUUGCCGCUUUCCAAUUGCCAUGAUGCUAGUAGAUGUGAGCCCCUUGCUGACCAGGGACGCUUCAGAUGCUGCACCUGCCACGGCAGCAGGAUUGCCGAAAAUCAAACUUCCUGCCGAAGAAUGGGGUGACAAGGAAGAACGAUUGCUCGCAACUUUGCGAGUCAAGCUAAGCCUUUUCCUUGUGCACAUUGGUCUUGACCAGCUCCACAUUCCACAGGAUGAGAAGAGCGACCUGCGCAGAACUUUCAGAAACAUCCAGGACCAGCUUGACAAAGAGGGAAACCUGGAGAGCAAGCUCAUUGGAGCUCUUGGAAGUUUUAGCGUCGCUUUGCCAGAUCUAGAUGAACAGGUCUCAGGAGCAGUGGACUUGUUGUUGGGCAUAAAAGAUGCCCGGGCAGAGGACAGAAGGUAUCCGGGAGUGAUCUCGUUGGACAACCGGAAGCUGACUCUUUCGCUGGAGAGGUUGAUGGCAGUUCAAGAUGCCAGGGAUAAAGCAUCGUCAGUCUUUGACAAAGCCCAAGAAGUAUUCUGCUCGUCUCUGAUGGAAUCUGGGAGUUGGUGUGACGGUAUGCUUUUAGAGCGAGCUUAUUUGUGGGUUCUUGCCUGCAAAGCGGCUAAGGCAGAGGACGGCUUUGGAUUUGUGAGCAACCCUCGCAUAUAUGAGUUUCAAUGCGAGGAAAUACGAGACGGAUUGCAACAAGUCGAUGGGAAGAACGCAAGAGUCUUCACAAAGAAGGGAGACCCCUGCAUUGAUGGUAUCCGCUGCAUAGAGGAUGGUGUCAUGUAUCACGCGCUUUCAGAAGGUGGCACGGCUGGCACGCACAAAGGCUUCGACAUUUGGUUCAAGACCGAAGCAGAUGAAUUAGUCCUGAGCUCAGUGCUCUUGGAUGUGACUGGAGCUACGAAUGCAGAAACCUGCAACAAAAAGGCUUCAAAUAUUGCUCAGAAUGUGAACGCAGUGAAGCACACGGUGCAGAACGCGGAAUCACCGGUAAAAUCAGUAAUUGGCGUUCUUCUUGCUCCAAAUUGCAACAGUCCCAUUGUGGAUGCACGAGAGCAGCGGGACGUUCUGACCAACCGUGCCGAAUGCUUGAUUGACCUCGUCAUGAAGUCAUACUCGGCUUUGAUUUUCAAAAG